AUGAAGACUCCGAACGAGCUUACGGACGCUCAUAUCGUCCUUUCCGCUGUUCAAGUAACAUCAGAAGGCGAUCUGGAGUCGCUGCUCAAGAUCGUCCGAUGGCGCCCCGAGAUCUUCUCGGACACCUUCGUGUAUCGACUUCUACUCUCUUUCUAUCCUGCAGAAACUGCUGAACAAUCGACGCUUGCAAAGUUUCUACAGUCCCUUGGGGACCAAUCCAAUGAUGCUAAAGGCCCCGAAGCGCCGAGUCUGGAGCCCUCGACAUCCAACCUCACCGAGAAUGAGGCGUUACGUCGUUGCCGUGCUCUAAGCUUGCGAUCAAUUCCUGAAUAUGAGCCUAUACGUACACGGAGCGAAUUGGCCAAUGUGGUCAUUGAAUGGGCAAAAAGAUUGGAACAAAUUCAUGGAUCCGCUCAGCCAGCUGCGGAAUUCGUCCACAAUUUCAUCGGACACGACUCUGAUCUGGGACUGUGGUAUGAAACGUAUCUUGCCCCGCUCGUCCGGCUGCAAUAUGAGUUCUACCCAGACAGUGAAAACGUAAUCGGAUUGCGGGAUCUUGAGACGCUGUCGGAUAAAGAGGGUAUCCAAACACUUCUCCAAUAUGCGAUGAAAAGGCACAAUCCUUCUGAGGUUGCGAGAGACCUCGACUAUGUGGUGUCACCAUGGGUUCGAGGGGCGAGCCAAGCAAAGAGAAGGAGGGUCGAUUAUUCUGCUGAAGACACCACAUCUGAUGAGAAAACAUGGGAAUCUUUGUAUGAUUGGCUGAUCGCUACGAGCAUGACUGAAUUUAGUAUUGCAGCAAAAGCCUACGCUGAUUGGAAUGGCCCGGUGGAAUACCAUCGACCGACCGAUGAGGCUGUCGCGCGAUUUGCUCAAACUGGCAUGGCCAUUGUCUAUGGUUGCUCAGAGGCUUCACCAGAGGCUAGGAGUGUCUGCAGACUGGUGAUCAUCAAAGCUGCAAAACUUCUCAAUCUAGGACUCCCAGAACUCUCGCAACCCGAGCCGGACAUAUCACUGCCUAAGGGAUUUGCAACCGACCUCGCUGAGACAGAUUUGCUGAUCAACUCUCUACUCAAAAAAUCAAACAAGUUCACGCGGGUGAAUGAGUUUUCCCUUCAUCUGCUGACUGGCAUCUUUGCUACGGCGGAGAUCCUGUCGGGAUUUGGCUCACCACGUACUAUAAGUGAACUGGCGCACGUCAGCAUCUUCGGCUCAGAACGCCGCCAUAAAGAUGAACUUCGUCGAUUGCUUCAACACAUACCUUUGCACACACGGCAAGAGAUUGACUGGCGCUCAGUACGACGGCAGCUUCUCUGGCUUCAGUCUUGGGCCAAAACACAGCCAGUGGUGGCGGCACAGCAGCGAACAGCUUUUCUCUCCCACUUACCCCUCAGCUUUGUAGAAACUCAAAUUCUCGAUGCAUUACUGAAGGCUGCUCAGUUUGCCAUCGUCAAAGAGGUGUACCUCGACAACCCUUCCCCAAGUCUCUCUGGGUCGGAAAUUGAAGCCCGUGUCGUUGCAGCAAUUCUCGAGGCCUACGAUAAUGCCAGCAAUGGGAACAGAGAUCGUGGCGGUAUGAAGAGGGCAAACGAGAUCCUGAAGGCAUUUCGACCGAGCUUCCCUGAGUCCUCUGCUCUCUCCGAUAUUGAUCACUUGAUCAGAGCCACGCACAGUCUGUCGUUCUACCAGCUCACACUGCAGCAUGGUGUUCCUUUCAAGCCUGUCUCUAUCCGAGUGCAGAAAGACCCGCUAAGCCUGGUAGAAAAGGUCUUGGAACAGGACGCGAGAGCGUACACCAAGUUGGAAGACCUGCUCGAGAUCAGCCGUAAUCUCGUCCGUGCCCACCUGCCGAAUCGAGGGAACGUAAUAACAGAGGAUGCGGAGCCUCUUCAAUCACGUCUGUUGGAUGCUGAGCACAGGAUAACGUACCAAGCCAUCAUGGCAGCUCUCGGUGCGAGUGAUUUUGACACGGCAUAUGCAUAUAUCACAACACGCCUCAACACAUCAACGGAGCAGUCUGCCUCUUCUGGAUCUGUCGACGACGUCUCCUGGCGUGCCGCCUAUGCCGCAGGCAAAUAUCGGCCCAGCUCAUCGCCCAAGAAUUUGAACACCAGCAUAGAAAGUUUGACACAGCGGAUGGAGCUUCUCUCCCGAGCCUUGAUGUUGGCCCCUUCUGGAGAAGCUCUGUCGGGAAUCCUUGCCACAUGGCGCCGCUACGAGGAAGAGCUAGAUGCGCUGAAGACACAAGCCGUGGAAGAAGAGCGAGCUUUUGAUGCCAAAGCCGACGCUGCAGUUCCCGGAGCAUUUGGUCUCGACAACCGGGAUGCAGAUGUAGCUGAAACGAAGCGCGUCAUGGCCCGUCGGUCCGGACCGAUUGGGUCAGGACCUUCUUACGAGGAAGAGGCGCCGCUGGGUUUGUUCGAUGUCGCUAGAGGAGCUGCAUCGGCGUUACGGAAAAGCGCGGCUUUCCCAUUAGGUUCCACGGGGUUGCGAGAUCUGAAGAUACACUCGGACACGGCCACAAAACACGAUGCGCAGAGGGAGCAAGCCGGCUCUCCGGUUUCCGACGAUGGCGGAAGGGUACGAAAGAGAGACAUGGUUGCCAAUAUGGUAACAAGUGGCCUGGUGAGCGGGAUGGGAUGGGUUCUUGGAGCACAGCCCCGAGAUCGGGUGGACUAA